AUGAGAUCCAAGUUCAAGGACGAGCACCCCUUCGAGAAGCGCAAGGCUGAGGCCGAGCGUAUCCGCCAGAAAUAUGCGGAUCGCAUCCCGGUCAUCUGCGAGAAGGUCGAGAAGUCCGACAUCGCAACCAUCGACAAGAAGAAGUACCUGGUUCCCGCAGAUCUCACCGUUGGUCAGUUCGUUUACGUCAUCCGCAAGCGCAUCAAGCUCUCGCCAGAGAAGGCCAUCUUCAUCUUCGUCGACGAGGUGCUCCCGCCUACUGCGGCCCUCAUGAGCAGCAUUUACGAAGAGCACAAGGAUGAGGAUGGAUUCCUGUACAUCACAUACUCUGGCGAGAACACAUUUGGUGACUGCUAA